AUGGUAUCAACGCCACAGACAAGAUCAUUUUCGAACGACGAUGCCUUUCCGUGUCUGCAGCUCUUUCUCUUGGCUAUCUGCCGUGUGGCAGAACCGAUCGCGCUCACCUCGAUUUUCCCGUACUCAUGGGUAAUGGUGCAAGAAUUCCACGUCGGCGGCCCAAACGACGCCUCCUUCUACGCGGGAAUCCUAGUCGCCGCAUUUUCCAUGGCCGAGGCUUUGACUGGCAUGCUUUGGGGAGCGCUAUCGGAUCGCAUCGGUCGUAAACCUGUACUUUUGCUCGGCUGCGCUGGCACCAUGCUUUCGCUGUUGAUAGUGGGAUUCGCUUCGAGUUUUUGGGUAGCUCUCCUUGGUCGAAUCAUUGGUGGUGUGCUUAAUGGAAAUAUAGGCGUGAUUCAGACCAUGGUUGGUGAGCUUGUGAAGCGCCCUGAACACGAACCUCGAGCAUAUGCAGUCAUGCCGUUUGUUUGGUCCAUCGGCACUAUUCUCGGACCUGCCGUUGGAGGCUUACUGGCAAAACCGGUUGAAGGAUUUCCGUCUGUUUUCUCACCCGAUGGGUUAUUUGGAAGGUUCCCAUUUUUGCUUCCUAACCUCUUUUGUGCUGGACUUCUCCUACUCAGCAUCAUUGGAGGUGCGUUUCUCUUGCAGGAAACACAUCCUGAAUACCAGACACACUCCCUGUCACUACCGUCAGAAUACAGAGCGAAUGUCGAAACACCUUUGAUGGCAACAGCUGGUGCCACAGCUAACCCCGGGGUCGACCUCCGCGCCGAAUCCUAUGGCACAUUCAAUGAAGUCAAUAUACUUACAAACGAACAUUGGCAACUUCAUGCCGAGAACUCCAAAGAGAGGUCAUCAUCGCGGCAAGAUGAAGUAGCCUUUACUUCACAGGUUGUCAUGUUUAUCGUUGCCCUUGGGGUCUUCACAUAUCACUCUAUGACUUUCGAUCAUCUGCUCCCAAUAUUCCUCCAAGACAAGCCUCAGGUCGAUAUCUCUCCGCGCUACUUCCUACAUAUUACAGGCGGCUUGGGGCUGUCUACACGGACCGUCGGAUUUAUCAUGUCUAUCGAUGGCUUGAUGGCACUUUUCAUUCAAAGUGUCAUCUUCGCUCCUCUGACUGACUGGUUGGGUGUUUGGAGACUAUUUGUGUUGGUGACCGCCCUGCACCCAGUGACGUACUUUAUCAUCCCAUUUUUGGUCUUCCUCCCUCCAAACCUCUAUUUUGCCGGCAUCUACACCUGCCUGGCAGUCCGCAAUAUUCUUUCCAUCAUCGCUUACCCAGUUCUUCUUAUUCUGAUCAAACAGUCCAGCCCGUCUGCAUCAUGCAUGGGUAAAAUCAAUGGACUCGCAGCUUCAGCCGGUGCCGCAUGUCGUACAGUUGCUCCUCCACUAUCUGGCUAUCUGUAUAGUACAGGGACAGCAAUUGGAUGCAGUGCUAUUGCGUGGUGGAGCAGCACACUGAUCGCGAUGGCUGGUACUUUCCAGCUCUGGUUUAUCAAGCGUCGAAAGGACACCGUUACAGUGCGAUCAGCUGCGCCGUGUUUGGCUGCUGCUGGUCCUCCUGCCUCCGACAGCCAUGCGCAUGAAGUGAUUCAUGUGAUGGUUGGCGAAGAGGACUAUUAA